AUGGCUACACUCGAGUCCAUGGCCAACCCUGACUCAGUUGCAACUCAUGAUCACGACGAGUCUACUCAGCCGACUCCGAUCGAUCCCGUGGAACGUCGAGUGCUUCGCACCAAAUAUCGCGCCGUAAUCGAUAAGAUCAAUGAGAAGAAAGAUGAAUUAGCGAGACCAGAUUCGCAGAAGUUCUAUGUUAUCGCCGACGAAGUGGAAAACCUGUACAAGAGCGCGCCUAAGAAUGCUUCUGAUGCUGCUUCUGCUGCAUCAGGGGAGGUGAACUACAACCAUUUUGUCCUCAGAUUUGAUUUCAAUGACUGGAAGUUGAUGACUGAUGUGGUGCCAAUUGGGGAGGAGUUGAUGCCUCAUAGAAGCAUCUCUAUUGCCACCAACGUUGAAACAACAACAGAUAUUCCCAUGGCAACACCAAUUAGAAAAUUCUCAAAGAACAGAGGUUAA